UUUAAAAUGGCGUAAACAUGUGUUCAUGAGGUUCGAACGUUUGACGUCCGCUCUUUGGGAAGAUAUUUAAAAAUUUCCGGCUUGUUAUUUUAUUGAAGUAGAUUAAAAAAUUUAAGUUUUUAUUGUGCGUGGAAUGGCCGUGUGUGGUGAAUAUAUUAAAAGUCAAUUUCCAACAAUUGACGAUGAUCUUUAUCAAUAUGUGGAAGGAAUUCUUGACAGCUCAAAAGAUGACUUCGAAGAUGAAAAUGAAGUUUAUGAAGCAAUUGGAGAAGUUUUGCAUGAAGUAGCUGAGAAGCCAGAAAUCGUGGUUAGACAAAUAUGCAAGAAAUUAUUAGAAAUGCUAAAAGGAGGGACCAAUGGAACUCAAAAUGGAUCAAGCGAAAGAAAAAAUGGUGAGAAUAAAGUUUUAAAUGCUCCGGUUCAUUUGGGAUCAAUGGCAGCAACAUUAGAAGAACAAGUUGAACAAAUAAAGAGUAUUUGGGUUACGACACGUGACGAUGGGAUGAAAGUAGAUGCAAAAAAAUUGGAAAAAGCUGAAGCUAAAUUACAACAAAAACAAGAAAAACGAACAGGCAAUGAUUCAACGGGAAUGAAAAUAAUUAAUAAUUCAGUGCCAGCCUUAGAAACAGCGAGUGCAAGUCAAAUGAUGAGUAAAAAAGAAAGUAAAAUGGAAAUGAAAGGCUCUGUAAAUAAAACACAGGAUAUUAGAAUUGAAAACUUUGACGUUGCCUAUGGCGACAGAAUUUUAUUGCAAGGCGCCGAUAUAACACUUGCCUUUGGUAGACGUUAUGGUUUUAUUGGACGUAAUGGUUUGGGAAAAACGACACUACUCAGAAUGAUAUCAUGUAAACAACUUCGAAUACCGUCGCACAUUCGUGUUUUACACGUGGAACAAGAAGUCGCUGGCGAUGAAACAUCAGCAUUGGAAUCUGUUUUAGAGAGUGAUUAUGAGCGUAGUGCAUUACUUAGUCGUGAAGCCGAAUUACAAGCGGCUAUUGAAAAAGAUGGAGGAAAAUCAGAAGUACUUGGCGAAGAAUUGGCACGUGUCUAUGAAGCAAUGCAAAUGGCCGAAGUGGAAAAAGCGCCAGCAAAAGCUAGUAUGAUUCUCACGGGUUUAGGAUUUUCCGUUGAACGACAAUCGUGGCCGACAAAAUCAUUUUCCGGUGGAUGGCGAAUGAGACUUGCUCUUGCGCGUGCACUUUUCUCUAAACCUGAUUUAUUGCUUCUCGAUGAACCAACAAAUAUGUUGGAUAUCAAGGCAAUUCUUUGGCUUGAAAAAUAUUUACAAUCCUGGCCAACAACAUUGCUCGUUGUAUCGCACGAUCGUAAUUUUCUCGACACUGUGCCGACCGAUAUUCUUUAUUUGAAGGCGCAAAAAAUUGAGGCAUAUCGCGGUAAUUAUGAACAAUUUGCAAAAACGAAAGGUGAACGAGAGAGGAAUCAGCAAAGAGAAUAUGAAGCACAACAAGCUAAAAGGGCUCACGUUCAAGAAUUCAUUGAUAGGUUUCGUUAUAAUGCCAAUCGUGCCUCAAGUGUGCAAAGUAAAAUAAAAAUGCUCGACAAAAUGCCUGAAUUGAAACCAAUGGAAAAAGAAAGUGAAGUGACUUUACGAUUUCCUGAUGUAGAACCAUUGAGUCCUCCAAUUCUUCAAUUAAAUGAAGUUUCCUUUCGCUAUCAAGAGGGUCCCGAUUUAUUUACCAAUGUUAAUCUCACAGCUAAUUUGGAAUCGAGAAUUUGUAUUGUGGGUGAGAAUGGAGCGGGAAAAACGACAUUAUUAAAAAUUAUCACAUGCGGUUUGAGUCCAACAAAAGGCUCAGUGCAUAUUCAUCGAAAUUUGAAAUUUGGUUAUUUUAGUCAACAUCACGUUGAUCAACUUGACAUGAGGAUUUGUCCUGUUGAAUUAUUACAAAAUCAUUUUCCAGGCAAACCAAUUGAAGAAUAUCGAAGAAUGUUGGGUAGUUUUGGAGUGAGUGGAGAUCUCGCUCUUCAAACAAUUAAUUCACUAUCGGGUGGGCAAAAAUCGAGAGUAGCUUUUGCAUUAAUGUGCGCCGCGAUGCCUAAUUUUUUGGUUCUCGAUGAACCGACUAAUCAUCUUGAUAUUGAAUCAAUCGAGGCUUUGGGCAAAGCCCUUAACGUCUGUCAAGCUGGUAUAAUAUUAGUUUCCCAUGAUGAAAGGCUGAUUCGCAUGGUUUGCAAGGAACUCUGGGUUUGUGGAGGUGGAUCAGUGAAAUGUAUAGAAGGUGGAUUUGAUGAAUAUCGUAAAAUUAUAGAAAAGGAAUUGGAAAUGUAGAAUUUAAUUUAGCUAUGUAAUUAAAAUGCGCUUUAAAUUGUUAAUCAAGAAAAAAAAAAAAAUUAGUAAAUUUUUCAAAAAGAUUUCAAAUUGACGAAAUCAAUUUGAUUUUAAUUAAAAACUGGAUUGAAUAUAUAAGUAUCAUAUUUACUGUUGACCACGUCUUAUUUAAUAAAAUAAAAACAUAAUUGUUAAA